GAUGACACUGUUACCCAAGACGAGAAAUACAUUUGUGUUUUCCAGAUGGCUGGAGAUGGCGAAGGAAUAGCAUGGAAAGUCCUUGAUGUGGAAUCUCAUUAUCCAAAAGAACUUGGGGGGUCCCUGGAGCUCUCCAACGACACCUUCUUUUCACUGAGGAUCAAAAAUGCCACCAGCCGAAACAGUGGGACAUAUAAGUGCAGUUUGGGGGAACAGAGUGGAGAACGCAAUCUGAGCAGCACAGUCACGUUAAAAGUAACAGGUUGCCCUGGAAUAGAAGAUGAAAAAUUAAAGAAAUACAAAGCCGAACUUUUCAUGCUGACUUGCCUUGGGAUUUUUUACUUGCUGCUCAUCUUUUUUACCUGUACAUGUCUAAGAAAAGAGAGUGUAUCUCCCAAUUAUCAAAAAAACAGACCAGAUAUAAAGCAAAUGCUCACCCUCAUCAAUGUACACGAAAUUACAGCUUUCCAGGAUUUAAAAAGCAACAGCACUUGCAAAAAUGGGCUUACUUCAAGUUCUGUCUAA